GUUCCUCAAGCCCUUGUAUGAAUGAUGCUAGCUGUGUGCCCAGAGGAGGUUUGUUUAUGACUCAAGAUGGCAGAGCUUUUGAUUGCAAAUGCCCUGAUGUAUUUGAGGGUGUCUUCUGUGAAAAAAUGAAAACUGACUGCAGUUUGGUGGACUGUCCCCUAUAUAAGUGCAAAGAGGGUGUAACUUUGUAUACGCCACCUGGUGAAUGUUGCCAGCAAUGUGGUGAAGAUUGUAGAGCUGUUCGCUGUGCCAAUGUAGAAAAGUGUGACGAUGGAUCUCUACCUUUUGUACCACCAGGAA